UUAUUUAUAGCUGACACAUUUCCUGAAACAAGCAACCAGGAGCCUUCCAAUGUGGACUAUGAGUCGGAUACCAAUGAUUAUGAAUUUAAAACUGACGAGGACAGUCACAAUGAAGACAGUCACUUCUUUUUGCACUUGGUUCUAGUAGGACUUUUAAUUAUUAUGGUAUAUAUUGCUUACCACAACAAACGAAAGAUCUUCCUUUUGGUCCAGAAAAGAAGAUGGAGGGACAGCCUGUGCUCAAAGAAUGCUGGUUAUCGUCGUCUGGAUCAGAAUGUGAUUGAAGCAAUGCCUUCUCUUAAAAGAACCAAUAAUUAUACUCUUUGAAGGACUUUAAGCAUUGUCAACUUGUUUGCCUUUUUUAGGAUGAAUUGACAUAACU